AUGGCUGCAGAGGACAUAACCUCGACCGGGCUGGGGUCCGGGAGGCAGCACCUCCAUCCACUGAAGAGGAGGGGCUUGGUGCUGCUGAGACUCACGGCCAUCGUCUUUGCUGUGCUUCUCUUUUGUGAAUUUCUAAUCUAUUACCUAGUGAUCUUCCGGUGCAGUUGGCCUGCAGUGAAAACUCCCGCGGAUGCCGGUGCACUCGGGACCCCUGAGCCUGUGCUCAGGGCCAUGUUCUUGGCUGACACCCACCUGCUCGGGGCUGUGAGAGGCCACUGGCUGGACAAAUUACGGAGGGAGUGGCAGAUGGAGCGAGCCUUCCAGACCACACUGUGGCUGCUGCAGCCUGAAGUCGUCUUCAUCCUGGGAGACGUCUUUGACGAAGGGAAGUGGAGCUCCUCCCAGGCUUGGGUGGACGACGUGGGGCGCUUCUGGAAGAUCUUCCGACACCCGCCCCAUGUGCAGUUGAGGGCCGUGGCCGGCAACCAUGACAUCGGCUUCCACUACCAGAUGAACACAUACAAAAUAAAACGAUUUGAGAAAGUUUUCAACCCUGAAAGGCUGUUUUCUUGGAAAGGAAUUAACUUCUGUGUCCCAGGGACACAGUUGCCAGCGGACAGCACAGGUGGCCCAUGGCUGAUCUCCUGCCCUUGCCUCAGUUUCGUGAUGGUUAACAGUGUCGCACUGGAAGGGGACGGCUGUGAUAUCUGCUCUGGAGCAGAGGCUGAGCUCCUGGAAAUCUCUCACUGGCUGAACUGCUCCCGGGAGGAGCAUCGCCCCCAAGAGUGUGGAGACGGGCAGCGGCUGCCGGCCUCGGCCCCCAUCCUCCUGCAGCACUUCCCGCUUUACCGGAGAAAUGAUGCCAACUGCUCCGGGGAGGACGCGGCACCCCCCGACGAGAAGUACACCCCCUUCAAGGAGCGCUAUGACGCGCUCUCCCAGGAGGCCUCGAGGAAGCUGCUGUGGUGGCUCCGGCCGCGCCUGGUCCUCAGUGGCCACACACACAGUGCCUGUGAGGUCCUGCACGGGGCUGGCGUCCUGGAGGUCAGUGUGCCAUCUUUCAGUUGGAGGAACAGAAACAACCCCAGUUUCAUCAUGGGCAGCGUCACGCCCACAGAGUACGCCCUUGCCAAGUGCUACCUGCCCUGCGAGGACACGGUUCUGACCACGUACUGCACAGCGGCCGGGGGCCUCGUGCUCCUCACAUUAGUCCACGCUGGGCUUGUAGCCUCACCUUUUCAUUUCGGUUGGAACAUGCUCAGAAAAUUUAAAACCAAGUGA